CCAGAUGGGCUGCCUGGAGAUCACAGCUCUCCCGUGCUGCUCCUCAAAUCUAGGACAGGCUGUCCUCACACGUUUUAGGCUCCUGACUUGAGUCUCUAGGAUGCAUCUCUGAUCCUGCCCCGAGCUGACACGGGAAGAGCCUUGAGCAGAGCCACGCUGCAGCCACGCUGCUGCAGGACCUGGGGGUGCUCCAGGGCAGCCCUGCCACAUUCCCAAGCAAUGGGAUUGCUGGAAAGCACUUGAAUUCAUUGCUCAAGCUGGUUUUUAUGAACCCCCCCAAGGCCGGGUGCUGCUGGUGCUCAGCAUGGACAACACGUGCCCCACCUCCUCCUUCAACAUGGACCUUUGUGCUGACAAACUGCAGUCCCUCGGCGUCCAGGUGCCGAUGGAUCUGUGGAGAAGGCUGAUCCAGGAGGGCGUCCUGAGGCCCGAAGUGAGGCGGUACCUGUUCUACAGCUCCAGGGGCUUCCAGAUUGCCAUGGCCGUGGUAUUCUACAUCUCUCUCUGGACAAACCUUUACUCCACCCUCCAGCUGUGUUCCCUGGGUCACUCCUGGGGGGCUGGCGUGCUGGUGACGCUGGUGGCCCUGGCUCUCACUGUCCUGGUGAUCCUGGUCAUUGAUGGGCACCAGAGGAAGCUAAAUGUGAACACAGAUGUGAGGCUGGCAGCUGUCAAUGAAAUCUUUAUCAAACACAGCAUAAUCCUGGGGAUUACAGAUGUCCUGGAUGGGCCACACAACAUCCUACAACUGUGGUUUGUGCACUUCAGCCCCGAGCUCUGCCUCCAGGCCCUGGCAGCCCACAUCACUCACCUGCAGGGGACACAGGCAGGCUUGAGGCAGAGGCUGAACAAGCUCUGGGUGGUCAUGGAUGUGGCAGUUCAGCCUGAGCUGGGGGUGGAGGAGGAGGCUCCAUGUGAAGAAUCCCCUCUUUUAUCCAGUGGGGUGACCCUGAAUAAAGAUCCUGUGACCCGCAGUGAGCUCCUGCACCUCAUCCCUGAGGGCCCACCCCAGGCCAUGGCCCAGCAGCUCCUGGUGAUCUUCAGUGCGUGCUACGUCCGGCUGCUGGUCACGGGCCGGCUCCCUCGGGCCAGCCCGGGGGGACACCUGGGCCACAGCAGCGUUCCCUGUCUCUGCCAGUUCAUCCAGAGCACCGUGCUGCACACCCACCGCAGCUGGGGCAGGGGCAGGUGACCACAGGGAGCUGGAAAACACCAAAAUAGAGCUGUCCCCACACUGCAGCGUGGAGGAGCUGUGGGGCAGAGAAGGGAGCUGUAAUUCCUUGUCCUGGAUGAACGAGUGGAAAUAGGACUCUAAUAAAACAAGCAGGAAAGGUGCUCACCUUGGAGAGCUCCUGCCCACCAGCUCGAUGAGGAGGAGCUGCCCCAGGGGUCAGAAACAACCCAGGGACAGCCUGGGACUCGUUUGUGUCCAAACCCUCAUGCCAGGAACCAUCACCCCCUCACACAACCUCAUAGCAGCAAAGGCCAGACCAUCGCCAGGGUGGCAGCAGGAGGCUGAGCCCCGGAGCACCAGGAUUUGGCACUUCCCAUGGUGCAGGAUGGCUCUGCUCCUUCUCCCGUUGUUUCUGUCUCCAGGAAUGGUGACAUCAAUCUCCUCCUACCUGAGGCCCCUGCACCAUUCCCUCAGCAGCGGGCCCCUAACACAUGAUCCUCUUAUCAGCGAUCUGCACAAAGGAUCCCCUUAUCAGUGAUCCCCCCACAAAGGAUCCCCUUAUCAGUGACCCCCUAGCAAAGGAUCCCCUUAUCAGUGACCCCCCACAAAGGAUCCCCUUAUCAGUGAUCGCCCCUCAAUGAAUGAUCCCCUUAUCAGUGAUGUCCAACAAAGGAUCCCCUUAUCAGUGACCUCCAACAAAGGAUCCUCUUAUCAGUGACCUCCCAACAAAGAAUCCCCUUAUCAGUGACCCCCCAACAAAGGAUCUCCUUAUCAAUGACCCCUCCAAAAAAGGAUCCCCUUAUC